AUACGGUGACAUGGUUCCCAACACCAUCGCAGGGAAGAUCUUCGGCUCCAUCUGCUCUCUGAGCGGCGUCCUGGUGAUCGCGCUCCCCGUCCCCGUCAUCGUCUCCAACUUCAGCCGAAUCUACCACCAGAACCAGAGAGCGGACAAGAUGAGGGCUCAGCAGAAAGUGCGCUUGGCUCGCAUCCGCAUGGCAAAGAAAGGAACAACCAACGCCUUCCUCCAGUAUAAAGAAGACAGAGCGAUCGGGGACCGGGACAGUGACAGCACAGCUCUGUGUGUGAAGAACAGAUCGGCGUUCGAGCACCAACAUCACCAUCUGCUGCACUGUCUGGAGAAAACGACGAACCACGAGUUCACUGACGAGAUGAACUACAGCGAGUUGUGUAUGACCGAGUCUGUCGGCUUCAGGACCAGUCGCAGCACCUCCCUGUCGAGCCAACAGGCGGCGCAGAACAACUCCACCGGCUGCUGUCCGCGGCGGGCCAGGAGGAGAGCCGCCAUGCGACUGGCCAACUCCACGGUGUCCGUCAGCCGAGGGAGCGUCCAGGAGCUGGACACCCUGCACAUCAAAACCACGUCCAUUCCACCACAAACUCGUUCCAGUCUCAACGCCCAGUCCACCAAUCUGAAGCUGAACUGUGGGGAUCCAGAUUUCACCGCCGCCAUCAUCAGCAUCCCCACGCCGCCCGCCAACACGCCCGAUGAGAGCCUCCCCCCGUCGCCUGCCCCCAUUCCCGGCAUCCUGCGCAACACCCGCGCCACCGCCUACACCCAUGAAAACAUCAACGUCUCCUACUUAUAACCUCAGACCUCACC